AAAAAAUGUAAACAAUCAACAGUCAGUUUCUGUUGAUGAUCGUUGGAAGGUGUUUGUUGACCAAUUCAUCUGAGUGAUUAACUAUUUGUCUUUUAAUUGUUUCAACCUAAUUUGGUUUUAUUAUAUAAUCUUAAUAAAGAUUUACUUGUUGAAAAAAUGGCUCCUAAUAGUAAUACCGACAACAAUAAUAGAAUCGGAAGUGAUCAGAGUAUUGUUUAUGAAAAAGAUCCAAGUGAAGUGAUUAAUCAAUUUCGAUGCCUAAUUGGAGAGAGCUCAAUUCUGAAUGUUUAUAAAUAUGAAGAUGAAUUGUUACUCAAAUUUUUACGAUCUCGUGAUUAUAAUUUACAAAAGACACUGAUAACUCUUGAAGGUUACGUGAGUAAAUUACACGAUAGAUCAGAUCUGUUUACUUGGCAGCCGAAAGAGGCUGAGAUCGCAUUGAAGACUAACGUAUUCAACUAUUUACUUGACGGAUCGACCAAUGGUCAGCAGAUUUUUUUCCUCCAUCCAGGCCGUUGGAAUCCGAGAGAGGUCACAUUGGAAACAAUCAUUGCCAUGGUUGUACUUUGCCAGGAAAUAACCUUGUUAGAUGAGAAAGUUCAAAGAUCGGGAGUAGUGGUCAUCAUUGAUAUGACUGGACUUUCUCUUAAUCAUCUCUACAAAUGUGGCAUUACAAAUGCCAAGUUAAUCUCCGAUUUGACAGAAAGAUGUAUCCCUGUAAAUAUCGUCAAUAUCCAUGUAGUGUUUCAGAAUUGGUUAACUGAAAUGGCCUACAAUUUGUUCAAACCAUUUAUCGAUGAAGAAUUGAAGAGGAAAAUAAUUUUCCAUGGUUAUAAUACCGGUUCGAUUCAUCAAUAUUGUCCAAAAUCCGUUUUACCAAUUAAAUAUGGUGGAACUCACGAAGAACCUGAUCUUGAUAAAAUGUACCAAAUUUUGGUUAAUGACAAUCACAAAAUCCAAGAGAUUUGGAAUAAAUAUAAAACAAAAUUAAUCGACGAUUAGGAAAAAAAAUGUAAAUCAAUUUGUAAAAUUUUGUAAUACAAUUAAAAACAAUUUCCAGUGAAAUUGAAAUAUUAAUAAAUUUGCUAGAAGUUGUAAUGAUA